AUGGAUUCCUCAAACUCAGCCGCCAGCCAGCUCAAGACAGCCGAAAGUCGGCGCGAGAGCUUCGGCUCGCAAACUUCCCAGACAGCCAGAGAAUUCAUUGAUUCUCAAAUCCAGCUCGAAGCCGAUGCCCGCGAAGUUCUGCCCUAUUCCUUCGACUCAUGCACCCAUGACCUCGGACCAUUACGCCAGAGCCUCUUCGCUUGUCUGACAUGCAACCCCGUUCCCGAUAGCUCCGAUGACCCGUAUACUCCUGCCGCGGUCUGUUAUUCAUGCUCCAUCGCCUGUCACGGCGAACACACCCUCGUCGAACUUUUCAAUAAGCGCGGCUUCGUUUGCGAUUGCGACCCGAAGACCGGCCGUAAGGGUGUCCACUCCCAAGAGGCCUCGUCGAAUAACAAAUACAAUCACAAUUUCCGAAAUCGAUUCUGCGGCUGUGGAGAGAAAUAUGAUCCGCACCAGGAGAAGGGAACUAUGUUCCAGUGUUUAGGUCUUGGGACUGUUGAGACUGGAGGGUGUGGUGAGGACUGGUGGCAUCCGGAGUGUCUGAUCGGAUUGUCGAGGGAUUGGCAUAAGGCCAACGGAGUUGCGAAGACAGAGCCGAUUGGAGGAGGUGAUGCUACUGCCGAUGAAAGACCGCUCGAAGAAGACGACGAAACACCCCUCCCGCCUGGAUUCCCUGCUGAAGACGAUUUCUGGCAACUCAUUUGCUACAAGUGUCUCGAUUCGGCCCCGUGGCUGAAGAAAUAUGCCGGAACGCCGGAUGAGACUAAAGAUAUUAAGACUGAGGAGCAGAACGAAUCAUCGGGACAAGAAGAGAAAAUUGAGAAUUCGAAGAAGCGGAAGGCAGAGGAUGACGAUGAUAUCCAAGAAGAGCCAACUGCAAAGAAAGCCAGAGAGGAGCCUGUCAGAUCCGAAGACACCUCCAACAAACCAGAAGCGAAGGAGGAAGCACAACAACCCACUGCAGACAUCAAACAAUCAACCCUCACCACAAUCGAAGAAGAACUCCCGAAACCAAAGCACACCUCCCUUCCCCCCACAGCACCGCUCACCACCUUCUCCCUCUUCCUCCAAUCAGAUUUCCACGACCACCUCUGCCACUGCGCAGAAUGUUAUCCCAACCUCGCACCCUUCCCUCAACUCCGCGAAGAAGAAGACACAUACGAACCGCCCCUAUCAGACGACGGCGAAGCGAAUGCUGCAGCAAGCACCGGCACAGGAAGUCUUCUCGAGCGCGGCGAGGCUGCGCUCAGUAAUGUCGACCGCGUGCGUGCUAUUGAGGGUGCUAUGAUCUAUAACCAUCUCCGUGAUAAGGUGAAGGAUUUCCUCAAGCCGUUUGCUGAGAGUGGGCAGGCUGUUAGUGCCGAGGAUAUUAAGGGGUAUUUUGAGAAAUUGAGAGGUGAUGAGCAGGGGAUUCAGGAUGCGGCGGGUCAGGCGGAGGCUAUGGGUGGUGGUGGUGGUGGGAAAGGGGAUGAUGCUGGUGGUGACGGACGGCGUGAGCAGAAU